CAUGGGGGGCGAGAGAGGGCAGGGGCAAUGGGAGCAGUGACAGGGGGGGCAUGAGGCACUGGAAAUACAGAACACACUGAGGCUAUCUAAAUUUGGCUGCAUCUGGGACAGGAAGCAAACAGGAUAGAUAUUCUCAUUACCACCUACCCUGUUUUCUGCAACACUGGUAUCUUGUCAAGAAGAGCGGACAUGGGUCCGAGUCGUAUUCUUGUGCUGACUGCCUGGCAGUUGAUGGUUGGAAUUCUCACCAGCUCAUUAACAGAAUCUUCCUUUCCUGCUAAUGAAUGCCCACAGCUCUGCGUCUGUGGCAACCGCCCUUGGUUUACGCCGCAGUCCACAUACCGUGAGGCCAAAACCGUGGAUUGCAAUGACCUUCGUUUGACUAGGAUCCCAGUGAACCUCUCUGCAGACACACAGGUACUUCUGCUGCAAAGUAACAACAUUGAACGAACUAACGGAGAAUUGCAACAACUGGUGAACCUCACAGAGCUAGACCUUUCCCAGAAUAACAUCAGCUCUAUUCAGGAUGUGGGCUUGUCCAACCUUAGCCAGCUCACAACUUUGCACCUGGAAGAGAACCAAGUCUUUGAGAUGACUGACUACUGUCUUCAAGACUUGACCAAUCUGGAAGAACUCUAUAUCAACCAUAACCAAUUAAGUUCUAUCUCACCUAGUGCCUUUUCAGGUUUACGCAGUUUACUCCGGUUGCAUCUCAAUUCUAACAAACUACGGAUUAUCGACAGUCGCUGGUUUGAGUCCACACCCAAUCUGGAGAUCCUGAUGAUUGGGGAGAACCCAGUUAUUGGCAUACUGGAUUUAAAUUUCCAGCCUCUUGGCAGUUUGCGAAGCCUGGUCUUAGCAGGGAUGUACCUUAGUGACAUCCCCGGGAAUGCUUUUCUGGGGUUGGAUAAUCUGGAGAGUUUAUCAUUCUAUGACAAUAAACUAAGCAAUGUGCCCCAGGUUGCCCUACAGAAAUUACCUAACUUAAAGUUUUUGGACCUUAACAAAAAUCCUAUUCGGAAGAUUCAAGAAGGAGACUUCAAGAACAUGUUACGUUUGAAGGAGCUUGGAAUCAACAACAUGGCAGAGCUAGUAUCUCUGGACCGCUGUGCUCUGGAAAACCUCCCUGAGCUAACUAAGCUUGAAGCCACUAAUAAUCCAAAACUGUCCUAUAUCCACCGAUCCGCCUUUCGCAAUGUGCCUACCCUUGAGAGCUUAAUGCUAAACAACAAUGCAUUGAACUCUGUGUAUAAGGGGACAGUGGACUCCCUCCCUAAUCUCCGGGAAAUUAGCAUCCACAGCAAUCCACUACGCUGUGACUGUGUCCUACACUGGAUGGGUUCCAACCAAACCACCAUCCGUUUCAUGGAGCCACUGUCCAUGUUUUGCGCACUGCCCCCAGAGUAUCGUGGCCAGCCUGUGAAAGAGGCUUUGGCUCAAGACCCUGCUGGGGAGCAGUGUCUGCCUAUGAUUUCUCAAGACACGUUCCCUAGCCACCUCAGCCUAGACUUGGGUAUGACCGUCUGCUUGGAUUGCCGAGCAAUGGCAGAACCUGAGCCAGACAUCUAUUGGGUGACUCCCUUGGGCCAUAAGGUCACCACAGAGACUCUGUCUGAUAAAUACCAGCUGAGUGAAGAAGGCACACUGCAGAUCUCCAAUGUCCAGGUGGAGGACUCUGGCCGCUACACAUGUGUGGCACAGAACUCAGAAGGAGCAGACACCAGGGUUGCAACGUUGCGCAUCAAUGGGACACUGUUAGAUGGUUCACAGGCUCUGAGACUGUAUGUCCAACAGACUGAGCCAAGCUCUGUCCUGGUGUCCUGGAAAGUUAGCUCCAGUGUCUUGGCUUCUAACCUGAAGUGGUCAUCAGCCACAAUGAAGAUCGACAACCCACACAUUACUUACACCGCCCGGGUACCCGCCGAUGUCCAUGAGUACAACCUGACCCAUCUCCAGCCAGCCACGGAGUACGAAGUGUGUCUGACAGUAUCUGGCCUACACCAGCAAGCUCAGAGGGCCUGCAUUAAUGUCACCACCAAGGGGACCUCCUACUCACUGGCCGUCACCGACCAGGAGACCAGCGCUGCUCUGGCCGCUGUCAUGGGCUCUCUGUUCGCUCUCAUCAGUUUUGCUUCCGUUUCUGUUUAUGCCGCGAAGAGAUUUCAGCGGAAAAACUAUCGCCAUUCCCUGAAAAAGUACAUGCAGAAGACGUCCUCCAUCCCGCUGAAUGAGCUGUAUCCACCUCUAAUCAGCCUGUGGGAGGGGGACAGCGAGAAGGAGAAGGAAGGGACAGCGGAGGCCAAAGCCUCACAAGUUGAUACAUCCCGGAGCUAUUACAUGUGGUAACUCCCAGAACAGAGACACCUUAGAAGAGCACAAAGACUGGUGGAGACGUCUACAACAACCCCCCACAAUUCUUCCCUAGUUUCUCCUUUGUGCCCCAUUCUCGCUUUCCUCUGUCUAUUUUCAUUUUCUUUUUUUUUUCUCUUCCUUUCUUUCAUUAUAUAAAAUGAUGUGCGCUGCCCGGCCAAAACACGAUGAACGGCUGCCAAAUGUUAGCUAUUGACGUCCCCUGCGCCUGGCAGAAUGGACAACUGAAUAGAUUUUUUUUCCAUUCCAAGUUAAAGAUGCUUGUCUAUUAGAUUACUAUUGAACAUCAAUUUAAUCCCUCUUCUAAACCCAUGCCGCAGGCUACUGUUGCCGCUGUCAGAAGUGCCGUCUCAUCAUUACCUUUCUCAGCUGAGCCUCCAGAUGGACGUGUAGAGCAACACUCUAUAUAUCCAUUGUUUUCUGAAUGCGGAUAACGUCUCAUAUCCUUAGCCCUGGCCCCGCUACAAUCUCUAUUCAGUGUCCGAUCCCUGGUGAUGACAAGUGAUAUGACCAAGAGCAAUUGUGCAGUUCUCGGUACGGGUGUUCCGCCUUCAGAUCGUUGUAUCCAGUUUAUGCACGCUCAUCAUGCAACUUUUGCUCAGUUAAUUUGAAUGGGGUUUUUUUUUGGGACAUUUGCAGAAAUUAUAUAUAAUGACAGGAAACAGAACGUAAAGCGGGCCCUGAGCAAAUGAGGUAGCAAUCUAAGAAGCGUGAGGAACACUAAACACAAAAGGCCUCAUUCUGAGUCACACGUAAUGUAAUGCUAAUGCAACUAUACAUGGUAUUUUCGGUCAUACGCAAUCGCACUGCUCCAGCCCCCCAUGUGUGCGAGCAGCUGUCAUCAUUAUCAACAGAAGUUACAUAAACAGCUCUGAUUAUAUUCAUAUUCUUCUCUAAAAACACAAAUACUAGCUGGAAAUAAAAGAAAAGCAAUAUACUGUUUAGUAAAAGUUGCAGGAGUGCGUAUACAAACAGAAACACCACAACUUCAGUUUCCUGCCACCUCCUUUACAUACUUCCCAGAAAGCCCUUGUGUUGGGUAUUAUUGUAUGAUCAGAGCAUAGCAUAUAUUAACCCUUUAACCGCACCUUGGUGGAACUUCGGGUUGGGUACGAAAUACCAACGGUCAGGAUCCCGACAGUCAGACGACCGACAUCUGGGUCCUGACGGGCAGAAUCCCGACACACCCCGGUAAGUAUUUUUACCUAUUGUUAAAUGUAAAAAAAAAAAAAAACCUAGGCUGGGCCACCAAUAGAUCCCUAAGAGCAUUCACACCUAGGCUGGGCCAUCAGUAGCGCCCUAAGAACAUUCAUACCUAGACUGGGCUACCAAUAGAUCCCUAAGAACAUUCAUACCUAGGCUGGGCCAUCAGUAGAGCCCUGACAACAAUUCAUACCUAUGCUGGGCCACCAGUAGAUCCCUGAGAACAUUCAUACCUAGGCUGGGCAACCAAUAGAGCCCUAAGAACAUUCCUACCUAAACUGGGCCACCAAUAAAGCCCUAAGAACAUUCCUACCUAGGUUGGACUACCAAUAGAUCCCUGAGAACAUUCAUACCUAGGCUGGGCCACCAAUAGAUCCCUGAGAACAUUAAUACCUAGGCUGGGCCAUCAAUAGAUCCCUGAGAACAUUCAUACCUAGGCUGGGCCACCAAUAGAUCCCUGAGAACAUUCAUACCUAGGCUGGGCCACCAAUAGAGCCCUAAGAACAUUCAUACCUAGGCUGGGCCACCAAUAGAGCCCUAAGAACAUUCAUACCUAGGCUGGGCCACCAAUAGAGCCCUAAGAACAUUCAUACCUAGGCUGGGCCACCAAUAGAGCCCUAAGAACAUUCUUAUCUAGGCUGGGCCACCAAUAGAGCCCUAAGAACAAUCAUACCUAGGCUGGGCCACCAAUAGAACCCUAAGAACAUUCUUACCUAGGUUGGGCCACCAAUAGAGCACUGCUGGACCACCAGUAGAUCCCUAAGAACAUUCAUAUCUAAGCUGGGCCACCAUUAAAACCCUAAGAAUUAUGGGUAAAUAUGGCCUAGGUUAGUAAUGCUCACCACAUCUCCAUCUGCCUCCCAUUUAUUUUCCAAGGGAGGAGUGGAAUAAAGUGAACAUAAAACCAUCUCCGUAUUGCCGGAAAAGACCGGCCCAUGUUCUCUGCAAUUUAUCCCUGGUUGAUGGUUUCCUCGUUGAUAAUCCAGCCUGUCAGCCACCGAUAGGACAGAUAAUCUGCAGCAUGUUUUUUAAUAUGAGUUUCUGGGCUCCAUCUGCCGGCACAGAAGCCUGGACGUCGGACACCAGUCUUUUUUAAGAGAUUGAAUCGGAGCGAAUUCAUUAAUUGCCGUUCCUCAGAUUUUGGCCGGGCCACGCACUUAGAGGUGUAUCUGUGGUUUUGCUGAUUUGGCAGCAAAGUAAUGUAAUUUGGACCGGAUUCUUUUUGGUUAUUUUAGUAUAGCGUAUCGCAGCAUGAUUUGGGGUGAUUUUUUUUUUAUUCCUUCCACUCCCAAAAGUAUUUUCUUUAGGACUUUUUGUUUUGUUUUUCAUUUUGAAAGGGCUGACUUUAUGAACAAGCCGGCUUCCCACGUGAACACUUGUUGCAUUGGCGCGGGCAGAUCUUCAGAGGCCAUAUCCGGAGACUAAAGGUCCCACCCCACCAUUUCCCCUUCAGAGAUCCUUCUCCGCCAAACAAGUGAAUUGACUGUAUCGUUGUAUCAACUUCUUCUCUGGAAAUUUUUUGGACUGAUUGGGAACAGAAGCCUGGAUCCCUCUUUUGUAGUAGAAGACUAAGCUUCCUUGUAGAGCUGUUUUAGCAAUAUGUCCUCUCUUGUCCUUCAGAGAGGGUCCUCUGCACUUGUCGUGUCAAGCAGGCGGCCAUUUUGAAAAUGCAGCCCAUCAUCUUACCAGGAGCCACUGAGGCAAGGAGUGAAAUGAUAGGCUGCAUUCUCAGUGAUGUCAUGGGUUCCGUGUGAUUUAAUAGGCUGCAUAAUCAAUGGAUCCACCCAUUAAAAAAAAAUGGCUGUAGACAAUGGGUGCUCUUUACGUACUGUCGUCCCCACUGUAAUGUGUGCAAGAUGAACGGCUGUUUUCACAACGUCAACCUUCCCCUUUAUAUAUAACCCCUUUUUUUUAAUUAGCAUUUCAAGGUGCAUAGAGACCUCAGGAAGAAGACACCUCUCAACCUGACGAGCGCCAUCUCACCGUAGUUUUCGCAUGUCAGCGCCAUCGGGUCAGCUGAUUGUCACAUGACUGUUACCGCAUGUCACCUUCCUCGUUAAAGCACAAUGUCAGACUAUUCCGCUGAUUGCUAGAAACACUGUAGAGAGUAGCGUAUGACUUGCCCCCCACCCUGAAUAAGGCCUAACGCAGAGUAAUUAUAUAGAACCUAGUUUCACUUUAUCCUGUACGAUAUGCUGGUUUUCUAUAUAAAAAAAUAAAUAAAAUCUUUUUCUUUUUUUUUCACAA